AUGGCAGACACCAGCAACCUGAGCAUUGUGCUUCGCAGGCUACCUUUUCUUGAUGAAAGUGGCCAUUUUCCUCACAGAAACGACAACAACAAAAGGUGCACAACUGUCCCAGCUUCUUUGUCCACAGCACCACACAACAGCACAACCGGUCAGAUGCCCACUCAACCCACCCCCACCCCAGGAACAACCACAGCCCCGCACAACACCACCCACACGGCGUUGCCGACUACCAUGGCCCCUGGGCCCACCCUUGCACCACAGCCAUUGUCGGCAAAGACUGGAAUUUAUCAGGUUCUAAAUGGAAGAAAGCUCUGUAUAAAAGCAGAGAUGGGGGUUGGGCUGAUUCUUCAAGAGAAGGAGUUGGUUUUUUCACCUCUGAAAUACUUCAAUAUUGACCCCAAUGUGACCCAAGCCUCUGGGAACUGUGGUUUCCGAAAAUCCAACCUUCUCUUGAAUUUCCAAGGCAGCUUUGUGAAUUUCACAUUUACCAAGGAUGAAAACUCUUAUUAUUUCAGUGAAAUGGGAGCCUAUUUGACUGUCUCAAAUCCAGAGAAAAUUUACCAAGGAAUGAAAAGUGCUAUGGUGAUGUUUGAGACUAUGGUUGGGCAUUCCUUCAAAUGUGUGAGCAAACAGAGCAUCAUGCUUUCAACCCACCUUCAUCUGAAAACAAAUAAUAUCCAACUUCAGGCCUUUGAUUUUGUAGGAGACAACUUUGGAAAUGUGGAUGAGUGUUCAUCUGACUACACAAUUGUGCUUCCUGUGAUUGGGGCCACUGUGCUGGGUCUCUGCGCUGUGGGUUUGAUUGUUUAUGGCCUCCACCUAAGGCAUGAAUCAUCUGGAUACCAGAGAAUCUAAUGGGUGCCCAGGGGAAAAGA